UCCUACACCAUAUUUACUUAAAUUUUCUGAUGCCUCCUAUCCGUCAGACACGUCGAGUCGCGCAGAGACAUAAUUUAUCGAUUACUCAGCUAACCACCAUCGCUGUAUGCCGCCAUUUUGGCCAGACAUUCCCCCAGAUAUCGACCGAGCUCCGCAUCCCAACUACGAGCGUAUCUAGCGCUUAUCAACGUGUGUAUGGAAGAGCCAAAGACUUUGCGUGCUUGCGCGUUGGCGGAGGGGAAAAUUUACCUCUAAAUUGGCAGCCAUCGCUUCUCGAUUUCCAGCGAAGUCUCGAUGCCUGCGCACAAGAAGAGGAGCAUCGUGGGCGCCCGGCCACGGCAGGCAUUGUCAAAGACGCGUUACGCGAUACAGCGACACGGGACGAACAAGCACAAGAUAAGCCUUGGACUCAAGUCGCGCGCGAAGUAAGCGAGAACCUUGGUAUACCAGUGCCAAAAACUACAGCAUAUAGAAUCCUUAAAGAUGAGUUUAUUCUCCGUCGACGCCGGCCUCCACGGAAGCUUGAACUUACCCCCUGGCACAAAAACGACAGGAAAAGGCUUGCAAGUUGGGCGCUACCAAAGCUCGAAAAUGGGGAUAUUUUUAUCUUCACAGACGAGAUGCUGGUAAAUACAAACAAUAGUCGGAAACCCCUCGCGGUUACACGCCCACGAGGCGCUAAUCCAUUCGAUUUCUCACGAUCCCCUCCAGACGUAUUUCAAGCUAUUAUGUUUUGGGGAGCAAUAUGCUGGGGAUAUGACUUAGAGGGCACGGGACCAUGCCAUGCGUGGGAAGCGGAGACACAGGAGGAACGAGAGACCAUCGAUCGCACGAUCUCGGAUGAGAACCAGGUCAUGAUCCACGAGAUGGAGCAUGACAGAGCCGAGGCACGGCGUCCUGGGACCCGCCAGUACCGUCAUCUGCAGGAAUUAAAUGUAAAUAUACAGAGGGAAAAUCAGGAACACGGUACACGCCGUGCACGGCGUCGUCCGGAAUGGGAAUUCAAACAGGAGCUUGCUAAACGCGAUAAAGGCAGGACUGUCUGGAUUAUUGAGGACAAUGCUUCACCCCAUACAAAGGCACGAAAGUGGACAAUCCAGGAACGACAAGAGCAGGGUAUCAACGUCGUUAAAUGGCCCCCUAAAUCCCCAGAUCUUAACCGUGUCAAGCGUAUAUGGGACUGGAUGAAGCUGAAGCUUCCGUUUGAGGAUCUACGGAAUGCAUCAGGCAAUUUAGAGCGGAAGAAUGCGGUAGAUGCGUUGUAUAAACUCUGGAGAGAAUGUCCCAGGGAGAAGGUUGAUAAGGAGGCUAACUUAUUCCAGAAAGUCCUACUAAAGGUGCUUGAAAAUGAUGGAAAUAAUAACUUCUUUGCUUAA